AUGAGCAACCUUCAGAGGGCCUGGGCCAAGAACCGCCUAGCCGCCUUACCUCCCGAGAGUUUCGAUGAGCGGGACGAAGAUGAGGCUGACCAGGUUCCGGAACUUCUAGAACACCCUGACGAUGAUUCAUCCUCGGCAUCCUCAGCUUCUUCUACGGGAACCGUCAUCCCUUCUCCAAGCCAGAACUUAUUUGCCAGACCACAGGGCGCGCCGAGAGGACGAUCUCUCCAACAGAUCCCCUGGACUACUUAUUUCCAGCGGGAACUGUUCCUCCACGAUCCAAGUAGCCCUACAGACCCUACCAUCCAUGCCUACCUGACGUCUCCUGUUGGAAAGGGCCCUUUGUUUAUCAUGCACCAUGGUGCAGGUUCGUCGGGUCUUUCUUUCGCUCUAGUCGGGGAUGAGAUUCGGAAACGCCUUCCGUCGGCUGGCAUCCUAUCACUCGACGCGCGUGGUCAUGGCUUAACAACGACACCUCCGGACAACCGAGCAAUCGGUCUGAGCCUUGAGGUUUUUGCUGCGGACCUACUCUUAGCCAUACUGCUAACACAGAAGGAAAUGAAAUGGUCAGAGUUGCCACCUAUUAUCCUAGUCGGACACUCGUUGGGAGGUGCGGUCGUAACAGAAGUGGCCAAGACAGGAAAGCUUGGUGGUUCAUUACUAGGUUAUGUUGUCCUUGACGUAGUCGAGGGUUCAGCCGUUGAUGCUUUGAAGAGCAUGAACACUUAUCUUUCUACACGACCGACUGGUUUCACAACCUUAGAAGAAGGAAUCGACUGGCAUCUUAAAUCGAGAACAAUUCGUAACUCGCUCUCCGCCCGUACCAGUGUCCCAUCCUUGCUGAAACUCAGUGGACCUCCGGGUGAUCCGAGACCCUGGAAGUGGAGGACGGAUCUCGGGGCGACGGAGCCAUUCUGGGAGAAUUGGUUCACAGGACUAAGCCAGAAGUUCCUGAGUGCGAGAGGCGGAAAGUUAUUACUCCUCGCAGGCACGGACAGAUUAGACACGGAGUUAACAAUUGGUCAAAUGCAAGGGAAAUAUGCCCUGCAGGUAUUUCCCGAGGCAGGACAUUUCAUACAUGAGGACUUACCCGAAAAGAUCGCGAUAUCUCUGGUAGACUUCCACAAGCGUAACGAUAGGACUGCGUUGGUGUUACCCCCGAAAGUGUCUGAUUUACUCAAACAAGGUAAGAAAGUCUAG